AUGGCGUGCUGUUCGGCGGCGCUUCUGGUGGCCGCCGCUGUGCUCGGGGGCAACAACUCCCCCUCUGCGGAUGACAUUAACAAGAUCCUGGGAUCAGUGGGCAUUGAGGCCGACUCGGAGCGCGUCGACGCCCUGCUCAAGGAGCUGGAUGGCAAGGACAUCGCUGAGGUGAUUGCCUCCGGCGUCAGCAAGCUGGCGUCCGUGCCCAGCGGCGGCGGCGCUGUGGCUGCCUCAGGCGGCGGCGGCGGCGGUGGCGGCGGCGGCGGUGCUGAGGCUGCAAAGGAGGAGGAGAAGAAGGAGGAGGAAGAGGAGGAGGAGGACGAGGACAUGGGCUUCUCCCUGUUUGACUAA